AUAGUAGUGGUAAAAGUGACUAAUCGAAGGUGUUUAGUUCCGGCAAGUGCCCCCAGACCAGCAGGCCCUGAAAUUCGUUCCGCUACUACUACCACGACAACAAAAAGGCCUCAUGGCCCCUCCGUGAUCACAGGAAAUGGCUUCAAAUGCGUGGACCACCAGUUGUGCCCUACUCUUGUAAGGACCGGUUUCUGCAAUGGGGCCUUGUCGCCGGCUGGCAAGAUGAAGUUCUGUCCGAAGUCAUGUGGCUUCUGCUGA